GUCGGCCGGGUCGUGCGUGCCCCUGCCCCCCUCCGGCCUCCGGCUCCCAGCUUUCUCUUCAUAAAUACGCGGCCGUGCGUCCCCCGAACCCCCGCACCUCCUAUCCGCUCCCCACUCGGCGUCUGCUGCUGCAUUGCCGUGCCGCCAGUGGAGAGGAGAUCAGUGAUCGUUGGCCACUGCACUAGCUGCACGAAGGUACUCGAUACUUGUUGAGAGAGAGAGAGAGAGAGUGCUGAUCACCGGCCGCCGCCACUUCUACUGGGAGUUUUUUGUCCGGUAAAUGACUGGAGGCCUUGCCGGCGUCGUCGUCGCGGUACAGGUUAAACAAAUCUUGCCGGCUCAACGCUUCGUUAGGAGAAGACGGAAGACUGCAGAAACUCCUGAGGAGGAGGACGCGGGGAAUAAAAUCGAGCGAUAAAAAAAGUAUCCUGUUAGAGAUAUGUAGUGUGUACUACGCAUUUCAGAGUUCACAUGCAGUCGUAAUUAACAGGGCUGAUGGAUGCUACCACUGUUGAUUCCAAAUGGAUCUCUCCCGCCACUGAAGAUGGGUCCAUGGACAGGCGAGGAAACCCAGCUGUCAAGACAACCACCGGAAGAUGGAGAUCUGCCAUCCUGCUGCUAGCUAACUAUGGGCUCGCGACGUGCGCCUUCUUCGGCGUCGGCGUGAACCUCGUGGUGUUCCUGCGCCGGGUGCUCCACCAGGGCAACGCCGAGGCGGCCAACAGCAUCAGCAAGUGGACUGGGACCGUCUACAUCUUCUCGCUCAUCGGCGCCUUCCUCAGCGACUCCUACUGGGGCCGAUACGUCACGUGCGCCGUCUUCCAGAUCAUCUACGUGAUGGGGCUGGUGGUCCUGUCGCUCGCGUCAUGGCUCUUGCUGGUGAAGCCGUCCGGCUGCGGCGGCGUCAAGGCGCACUGCGACGGGCCGUCGGCGCCCGGCGUCGCGCUGUUCUACCUGUCCACCUACAUGAUCGCGUUCGGCAACGGAGGGUACCAGCCUUCCAUCGCGACGUUCGGGUCGGACCAGUUCGACGAGACGGACCCCGAGGAGGCGCGCUCCAAGGUGGCCUUCUUCAGCUACUUCUACCUGGCGCUCAACGUCGGCUCCCUGCUCUCCAACACGGUGCUGGUGUACUACGAGGACUCGGGGCGGUGGGUCAUGGGGUUCUGGGUCUCGGCGGCCGCCGCGGCGCUGGCGCUCGUGCUCUUCCUGCUCGGCACGCCCGGCUACCGCCACUUCAAGCCGAGCGGCAACCCGCUCACCCGCGUCGCGCAGGUGUUCGUCGCCGCGCUGCGCAAGUGGCGCGCCGAGGUCCCGCGUGGCGAGCUCCUCCACGAGGUGGUGGAAGCAGGAGAGGACCCUAAGGUCUCGGGCAUCCGCAAGAUCCUUCACAGCGACGGGCUCAGGUUCCUCGACAAGGCGGCGACGAUCACGGAGGAGGAGGAGGAGGAGGGUCCGUGGCGGCUCUGCACGGUGACGCAGGUGGAGGAGGUGAAGUGCAUCCUGAGGAUGCUGCCCAUCUGGCUGUGCACGAUCGUGUACUCGGUGGUGUUCACCCAGAUGGCGUCGCUGUUCGUGGAGCAGGGCGCCACCAUGGACACCAACAUCGGGUCGUUCCACUUCCCCGCCGCGAGCAUGUCGCUGUUCGACGUCCUCAGCGUGCUGGCGUUCAUCGCCAUCUACCGGCGGGUGCUGGUGCCCGUCAUGGCGCGGCUGUCAGGCAACCCGCAGGGCCUGACCGAGCUGCAGCGCAUGGGCGUCGGGCUCGUGAUCGGCAUGGCGGCGAUGGUGGUGGCGGGCGUGGUGGAGGUGGAGCGGCUGAAGCGCGUGGCGGCCCCGGACCAGCCGAGCUCCCUGAGCGUGCUGUGGCAGGUGCCGCAGUACGCGCUGAUCGGGGCGUCGGAGGUGUUCAUGUACGUGGGGCAGCUGGAGUUCUUCAACGGGCAGGCGCCCGACGGCGUCAAGAGCUUCGGCAGCGCGCUGUGCAUGGCGUCCAUCUCGCUGGGGAACUACGUGAGCAUCAUGCUGGUGAGCGUAGUCACGAGCCUCACCGCCGGUGAGAAGCGUCCGGGGUGGAUCCCUGGGAACCUUAACUCAGGACACCUCGACAGGUUCUACUUCCUCCUCGCCGCUCUCUCGCUCGUGGACCUCGCCGUCUACGUCGCCUGUGCCAUGUGGUACAAGGGCAUCAAGCUUGACGGCGGCGACGGCGAUAACAGGAGAAAGGUCUCUGCGCACGUCUAGCUAGCCACUGCAUACUGGACCUCGGGCCUUCAGUUUUCAGGUUCAGAGACGUGCCGGGCUGGCCCCUGGCCGUAUGCCCGUAUAGUCUUAUAGAGAGAGGAGAGAGAGAGAGAGGAAAUAAAAUGUCAAAGAAUAUGUAACCAUCCGCUCGGCGUUGGAUGGCCCAUGUUGUUAUGUAUCUUUGGUCAGAUGAUCCAAGUAACCUCAUGUGAAGUACUAAUGCAAUAAUUAUAUAUGGAUAGUACACUAUCUGUGCCUUAGGACGGCACGUAAUUAUAUUUAA